AUGUUUCUCUCUCGCGCUGCCAAACGGGCGUGCUGCCUGGACUCGCGUCUUCUGCCACCGACCUUCCUGCUUCCCUUUACCGCACAAUUGAGCAGCGUUUCGCACACGACCGACGCAUCAAACACUCCAGAAGUUCUUCUCAACUCCUCCGCCGCAAAAGUCGACUCUCCUCCCAAGUCCACAGCCACCGCAACUGCUCCUCCUUCGGCCAACCAUGCCCCAGCAUCCGCACCUAAACUACCCACACCCUCUCAAUCGCCUCCGGCCUUGAGCGAUUCUGUCCGUGAAUUAUUGCCCGUACUCCGCGCUCAGGGUCCCCAUUACAUUACCGCACACAUCUAUGAUCGACCUUACCUCCUGACUGAGGGUGACACUCUGCGUGUGCCAUUCCUCAUGCAUGGCGUUCAGCCCGGCGACAUUCUGCGCUUGACCCACGCCUCGUCACUUGGUUCGCGAGACCUGACUUUAAAGGCCGGCGCACAACCUGCCAACUCUCGUUCACCCACUGCAUCUACUAUCUCGCACGUCUACAUCGACGACAGACUAUUUGUAUGCAGAGCCACUGUCAUGGGCACCGAGGCUGAACCCAUGCGUAUUAAGGAGAAGACAAAGCGUAGACAAAGGAGGGUCGAGACGGUCAAGAGCAAGCACCGCUUUACUGUGCUCAAGAUCAAGGAACUGAGGAUAAAGGGCUUGGACGAGAUCGAGAGCGGUGUUGAUGCUUAA